AUGUCAGAACAGUUUUUGUCGCGGCGUAUUUGCGGAGACUUUGAAAUUUUCACAUUGCGCGUUGGAGAAACACGCUGGUUCAGGAUUGGCGGUGGAAAUCAAUCGUUCAAGCAUCCAGAGUCUUUACUUGAAAGCAUCAUCGCCAAGAUGAGGCGCACUUCGCUUCUCACCUCGUUGAUGAGCUCUGCGGCCAUCCUACCAUGGCCUGGCUUAGCAAGAGAGGACUGUCCCACCACUGGGCCAGCAGCUGUUCCAACCGCUGUCCAGCCUUUCGAAAUCGUUCAUUGCAUCCCGCUUCAUCUCAGCACUUCUCUCUCUUCCAAUACCGUUUUCACUGUAGCUGGCACAACCGUCAAGGUCACCAAUGCUCCAACUGUGGUUAAUACCGACUUCCUGACCACGAUGACGAUGACGUACAGCUCUGCUGUGGUCACAAACUCUCCCUACAAUGGCCCUUGUGUCACGGUUACCGCAAAUGUUCCUGCAGGAUCCCAGCCGACCACCAUUGUCAUCCCUCCUCAAAGCGGCCAAGCCACUGGCACGAAGUACAUCUGCUCUCCUCUCGAGUCCAACAAGCCCUGGUUGCCAUCAACCUCUCCCAACGGUGGAAGCUUCACAACAGCCACGGCCCCCUAUCCGGGCUCAACCUUGACGACCCUGACCAUCCCCCCCAGCGGCGGCGACCCUACCGGAACUGUCCUCGUCCUGACCCCUGCGCCUACGCCGAAUGCAGGAAGUCCUCCUUUCAAUGGACCCUACACGACCAUCACAGCUCCCGGUACGGUGUUGACUACUUUGACGUUGCCUCCCUCCGGGACCGAUGGCACUGGCACCCAAAUCGUCUACGUCCCACCGCAGACGGGGGGGCUGGUGACUGCCACGUCGACCGGCUCUCGGCCUGGCCAGACAGGACUCAUCACCAUACCCCCUGGCAAGCCCGGAGACCCAACGACGAUUGUCACGAUUGUUCCUCCUGCUAGCGGUGGCGUCGUGACUUCCACCUCGACCGGUACAACCCCAGGUCAGACGGGGCUGAUUACUCUGCCUCCUGGAAAGCCUGGCGACCCUACCACUGUGGUCACGAUUGUCCCUCCCCCAACAGGAGGCGUAGUCACUUCCACUUCGACUGGUACCAGCCCUGGCCAGACAGGUCUACUGACUCUGCCGCCCGGCAAGCCCGGGGACCCAACUACGGUUGUUACCAUCGUUCCCCCUCCGACUGGCGGGGUUGUGACGUCAACGUCCACCGGCACGCAGCCUGGCCAGACUGGCCUCCUGACAUUGCCUCCCGGAAAGCCUGGAGAUCCUACUACCGUUGUUACUAUUGUGCCGCCUCCUCCCACUGGGGGAGUGGUUACUUCCACCUCAACCGGUACCCGGCCCGGUCAGACUGGUCUGUUGACACUGCCGCCUGGAAAACCUGGCGAUCCUACCACAGUCGUCACCAUCGUCCCACCACCCACCGGAGGUAUAGUCACUUCUACAUCGACUGGUACUCAGCCCGGUCAGACUGGCCUACUCACCCUCACCCCUGGAAAGCCUGGUGAUCCUACUACAGUCGUUACUAUCGUACCUCCUCCCGGUGGCUUCGUGACUUCUACAUCGACUGGCACUCAGCCAGGCCAAACGGGCCUCCUCACCCUCACUCCUGGAAAGCCUGGUGAUCCUACUACAGUUGUUACCAUCGUCCCACCACCCACCGGAGGUAUAGUCACUUCUACAUCGACUGGUACUCAGCCCGGUCAGACUGGCCUACUCACCCUCACCCCUGGAAAGCCUGGUGAUCCUACUACAGUCGUUACUAUCGUGCCUCCUCCCGGUGGCUUUGUUACUUCUACGUCGACUGGCACUCAGCCAGGCCAAACGGGCCUCCUCACCCUCACCCCUGGAAAGCCUGGUGACCCUACUACAGUUGUCACGAUUGUGCCUCCUCCUGGUGGCUUCGUCACUACCACUUCCACUGGUACUCGGCCCGGUCAAACCGGCUUAUUGACCCUGACACCAGGUCGACCCGGCGAUCCUACCACAGUUGUCACGAUUGUGCCUCCUCCUGGUGGCUUCGUCACUACUACUUCCACUGGCACUCAGCCCGGUCAAACCGGUUUGUUGACCCUGACACCAGGCCGACCCAGCGAUCCGACUACUGUGGUCACCAUUGUGCCCCCUCCGGGAGGGUUGACAACUGUCACCUCAACAGGCACUCGGACUGGCGUCACAACUCUCACGCCCGGCCGCUCAGGAGAUCCAACGACUGUGGUUACGUUCGUUCCAUCUCCCACAGGUGGCUUCGUCACAAUCACUUCAACCGGAACAGGAACUGGCCUCAUCACCCAGACUCCUAGCCGCCCAGGCGACCCAACUACCGUCAUCACCAUUGUCCCAAGUCCUACAGGUGGCUUCGUCACCAUCACAUCUACUGGAAGUAGCACUGGCCUGAUUACUCAGACUCCCGGUAGGCCUGGAGAUCCAACUACAGUCAUCACUCUGGUGCCAAGUCCUUCUGGCGGGGUGACGACCAUCACCUCAACCGGAACAGGAACUGGGUUGAUCACUCAGACUCCUGGACGACCUGGCGACCCGACUACAGUCAUUACUAUUGUGCCCUCCCCAACUGGGGGCUUCACUACAAUUACCUCCACGGGAACAGGAACUGGCUUGAUCACUCAAACCCCUGGCCGCCCUGGAGAUCCUACUACUGUCAUUACUAUUGUUCCGUCUCCUACUGGAGGUUUCGUCACCAUAACAUCUACCGGAACGGGUACGGGUGUCGUUACUCAGACUCCCGGCCGACCUGGUGACCCAACCACCAUCGUGACUAUUAUCCCGAGCCCUACGGGAGGCAUUCUUACACUUACGUCUACCAGUGGCUCAGUCACUGGCAUCACCACCCAGACUCCGGGUAGACCUGGGGAUCCCACUACUGUCAUCACUUUCGUCCCAACCCCCAUUCCUCGGGUUACUCUCACUCAAACGGGGUCAACUACCGGUCUUACAACCUUGACCCCCGGAAGAGUGGGAGACCCGACUACAGUCAUCACCCUUGUGACUGGCCCUCCAUAUGUGACCGUCACAUCGACGGGAUCCUCAACUGGCCUAUUCACUCAGACUCCUGGCAGACCCGGAGACCCGACUACAAUUGUCACCAUUGCGACUGGCCCGCCGCCCGUUACCGUGACAUCCACAGGCAGCACCACCGGAUUGACUACGAUUCCGGGAGGACCUGGAGGACCACCAACUGUGAUUACUUUUGUGCCGACACCACGUGUGACUACGAUCAUUUCAACAGCUAGCACGACCGGCUUGACGACUCUUCCCUACGGCGGUGACUCGGUUUACACAGUAGUGACAUUUGUUACUCCCUCGUCACCGGUCACAGUCACUUCGACUGGAAGUAUUACUGGUCUGACAACCCUUACUCCGGGGCCCAGUGGCGGCCCUCCCACGGUAGUCACCUUUGUUACUACACCUGUACCAGUUACAGUCACUUCUACUGCAAGCACUACUGGCCUGACAACCCUUACUCCGGGACCUAGUGGCGGCCCUCCCACGGUAGUCACUUUCGUUACUACACCUGUGCCAGUCACAGUCACUUCGACUGGAAGCGUCACUGGCCUAACAACUCUCACGCCCGGCCCCAGCGGCGGCCCUCCCACGGUAGUCACUUUCGUUACUACACCUGUGCCAGUCACAGUCACUUCGACUGGAAGCGUCACUGGCCUAACAACUCUCACGCCCGGCCCCAGCGGCGGCCCUCCCACGGUUGUCACUUUCGUUACUACGCCCGUACCAGUUACAGUCACUUCGACUGGAAGCGUCACUGGCCUGACUACCCUCACGCCCGGCCCCAGCGGUGGUCCUCCUACGGUUGUCACUUUCGUCACUACGCCCGUACCAGUCACAGUUACUUCAACUGGAAGCAUUACUGGACUGACUACCCUUACGCCCGGCCCCAGUGGCGGCUCUCCGACUGUCGUGACUUUUGUCACAACCACGGCUCCGAUCCCACCGGUGACCAUCGUUUCGACCGGUUCUACGACCGGUUUGACCACUGUCCCACCGGGUCCCAGCGGCGGCCCUACAACAGUCAUCACGUUUGUCCAGCGUCUAGGCUUCAUCACCACGCUCACUUCGACAGCCACCCAGACUGGAGUAACAACUGUAAUCCCUACAGACCCUGCUGGUACCACCAGUGUCAUCACUUUCGUUCAGCCUCCUACAGGCUUCAUCACAACAGUAACGUCCUCGGCUACACGCACUGGAGCGACCACCAUCAUUCCAUCCGAUCCUGCUGGCACCACCAGCGUCAUCACCUUCGUCCCGAUCACGGGCGGGCUCACAACCAUCACUUCCACAGGCACACAGACGGGAGCUACCACCAUCAUUCCAUCGGAUCCCGCCGGAACUACCAGUGUCAUCACUUUCGUUCCUCCGAUCACGGGUGGCUUGAUAACUCUUACGUCGACUGGUACCCGAACAGGAGUAACUACAAUCGUUCCAACGGACCCUGCUGGAACCACCAGCGUCAUCACUUUCGUUCCUAUCACCGGUGGUUUGACCACACUCACAUCGACAGGCACUCAAACAGGAGUCACUACUAUAAUCCCAACAGAUCCUGCUGGAACCACCAGUGUUAUUACCUUCGUUCCUCCGAUCACAGGUGGCUUGACAACUCUCACGUCAACCGGCACCCAGACGGGUGCAACUACAAUCAUUCCAACGGACCCUGCUGGAACCACCAGUGUUAUCACUUUCGUCCCCCCUAUUACGGGUGGCUUGAUAACUCUUACGUCGACCGGUACCCAGACGGGUGUAACUACUAUUAUCCCCACGGAUCCCGCCGGAACCACUAGUGUCAUCACCUUCGUCCCUCCGAUCACUGGAGGACUUACGACGGUUGUAUCUACAGGCACACAGACUGGCCUCACUACCAUCAUCCCCACGGAUCCUGCUGGCACAACAAGCGUCAUUACUUUUGUGACCCCUAGCAGCACUAGCAGCAGCUCGACCUCAACCACAAUCGCCCCUGGCCCGACCUACAGCUGCGACGCUGGUGGCUAUCUGAUCCAGGGCACCACACUCUACCGACUAAACCUCACUACUGGGGUUCAGACCACGGUUUCUACCAAUGUUGGACCUGGUGGUCAAAUCAAUGCGAUUGGCUAUAACCCCUUGGAUAACUACAUUUAUGGCAUUACUACUGUGAACAAUGUGAACCGUAUAAUCCGCAUCGCAAGGAACGGCCAAGGGGUUCUCAUUGGCCCAGAUCUUCCAACUGGAUACUACAACGUUGGAGAGAUCGACACACUCGGACGGUACUACAUCAGCGUUAGCGGUGGAGCCUGGGCACAAAUCGAUAUGAACCCCAACUCGGCGACCUUCACGCAGAUCAUCGCCACAGGUACUAGUACUAUCGCCAAUGGCGUAUCCGACUGGGUUUAUGUACCCGGAGGUGGCGAUUACCUCUACAGUAUCACGGGAGUCGACGCCAACGGUCGAUUCUCAUUAGCGAGAUGGAGUCGGACUACUCAUGACUGGUCAAUUGUACGGACAUACACGCGGAUCAAUGGCAACGAAGUGUUUGGAGCGCUUUAUGCCUCGAGCGGCAACACGUUCUACGGCUCCGAAAACAACAGCGGAAAUAUUUAUAAUUUCAACGUCAACUCUGGUCAGCCAACCUUGGUCUCCGAUGGUCCUGUUUCGGGAGUCAACGAUGGAGCUCGCUGCGUAUAUGCAGCAGAUCCAUCCAUUCUCACCACUUCCACAAGUUCUACCAUGACCAGCACGACUUCAUCUUCGACGAGCAGUUCCACUUCAGCCACCCCGACUUGUACUUCCGGACUGAACUGGGCGUACUACGACUUCAACCAGUCGCCUAGCAACACCACCAGCUACCCAGGACAGAUUCCCUUCCACGUCGUGGCUUCGGGCGACGCCUGGGCGGACACAUACAACAACGUGCGUACCGUUCUUUCAGGACAGAGCCCUCAGACCACCGGGGUGACGAAUCUCGUUGGUACCACAUUUGGCGGCAACUGCGCCGAGACUACAGAUCCAACACCCGUCGUUUAUGGCACAACAGUCAACGGCGGCUCGAGAUACUGGUACAUCCAGCAGACGGGCUACUUCCAUCCCAACGUAUCCGGCACGUAUACUUUUGCCUUUGGUACGGCAGAUGAAGGUGGGUACGUCUGGAUUGGUGACAAGGCGGUGACCGGUUUUACAAACGCCAACGCCGACCUCACUCGGUACACCCAACAGCCCGCAACCGUCCCCACAUUCACGUUCACAGCCGUGGCGGGUCAAUAUUACCCCAUCAGGUUCCUCUAUGUAAACGCCCAGGGCUGCUACCAGCACUCUUUGACCGUUACAAAUCCAAGUGGCGCCGUUGUUGCGUCGCAAACCGUACCGGCGACGAAUAACAUCUUCGUGCCUGGCGGCUGCGGUAACGCGCCCGCACAGUUCGACAUCACGCCUCCUGGUACUUCGACUACCACUCCGACUGUGACGACGUCUCCGACUUCGUCGACUUCUACCACCAGUCCUGCCACUACAUCGACUGAUACUUUGACUUCGUCCACCACUGCUGCCCCGACUACAACUGACACCUCCACCACGUCCAGCUCGACGACUUCGUCCUCGACUUCUUGCGUGGUCUCCUUGACGAGCACGGCCUCGGCCGCCGCCCCGGCGGGUGCCACAGCCCAAGUAGUUGUUCCUGCCUGCGCCACUGUCAUGCGAUUCACCGUCCUCGGUGGCGGCGGUGGUGGCGGCGGUGCUGGUGCAUCGAUCAACGGCUCCAUCGCUGUUACCCCAGGCGAAACUGUUUUGCUGCUCGCUGGCGGCGCUGGUACGAGAGUCAAUGCCGUUGGUGCUGCUGGCCAGAGUCAGUACGGCAAUGGUGGAUCUGCCUCCAACAAUGGCGGUGGAGGUGGCGGCGCUUCCGCUCUCUACCUCGGCCAGAACCUUCUCGCGGUCGCUGGCGGAGGCGGCGGCGGGUCCAUCGUGGUAUCCAACAACGGCCAAGGAGCUUUUGAACUAAACUACAACUACAUUGGCGGAACAAGUAACGCCGGUGACAAGGGUUCUUCCUACAAUAUCACGCUGCCGAGCGGUACCGUCACGUCCACAUCCAAUGGAGGAGCUCCGGGCACUCAGAUUCUCGCCGGAGCCGGUGGUACGUGGACAGGCUUGGGAACGUCGGCAAACGGAAAUGCCGGAAGCGGAUCCGUUGGCGGGAACGGUAUUGCCGGCGCGGGCGGCAGCUUCAACGAUGGCUCUGGCGGCGGCGGCGGUGGUUACCGCGGUGGAGGUAGCGGAGCCACUGGCUACUAUUCGGUGGGCUCAACAGUCCAGCGUAUGCCGGCCGGUGGUGGCGGUGGUUCCAGCUUCGUGGACGCCUCGGUUUCGGACUCGUUCCAAGGCCUCGCCGCUUCAACUGCCCCCGGUAGAGUUGUCGUAUCCUUUGCCUAG